AUGGUUCGUUUCGCUACUCUGGCCGCUGCAGCUUUGACUGCGUCGGUAGCUUCUGCUACCGUCAGUUGUGGCAGCGGCAGCAAGUGCCCGGACUCAGCACCUUGCUGUUCUCAGUACGGCGAGUGUGGUACCGGCGCUUACUGUCUUGGUGGUUGCGAUCCCGGCAACUCCUUUUCCCUAGACUCUUGCACACCUGAGCCAGUCUGCCAGAGCAAGACUUUCAGCUCCUGGGACAACACAGACAACUUGGUCAGCAACGAGAAAUACCUCGGCAAUGCUACCGAAUACGACUGGGUAUAUAGUGGUGACCCAAUCGUUCACAAUGGAGACCUUAUCCUCACCAUGGGCAACGGAAGUGUUGGUACUCUGGUUUCUUACAACCACUAUAUCUGGUACGGAAAAGUGUCAGGCACCUUCAAAACUUCUCGUGAUGCUGGUGUUGUCACUGCUUUCAUUUUGUUGUCCGACGCCAAAGACGAGAUUGACUACGAAUUCAUUGGCGCAAACUUGACCACUGCUCAGACCAACUACUAUUUCCAGGGUAUCCUCGACUAUGACAACGAGGUCAACGCUACCAUCGACUCCGACUCUUUCGAAAACUUCCAUACUUAUGAGAUUGAUUGGACUCCCGAUGCGGUCACCUGGUAUCUUGACGGAAAAUCCGUCCGCGUCCUGAACAAAGACCAGACGUACAACGCUACUACCAAACAGUACAUGUUCCCUCAGACUCCUUCUCGUCUCGAAUUGUCUCUCUGGCCCGGUGGUCUUGCCUCGAACGCCAAGGGUACUAUUGAUUGGGCUGGUGGUGAAAUCGACUGGAACAGCCAGGAUAUGCAGAACCCUGGUUACUACUAUGCCAUCUUCAGCAAUGUUAGCAUCACUUGCUACGACCCUCCUUCCGGUGCCAAUGUUGCGGGCAGUAACUCAUACGUCUACACCAACUCCGCUCUCACAAACAACACCGUUGAGAUUGUCAACAACAGCACUGUCUUGACCAACUUUGCAGACACUGGUCUUAACAUGACCGCAGGUGCUUCCACCUCUACUGCCUCAGCAGCUACGUCGAGUUCGACUGUUGCAGACAGUAUUCCUGGCCAAAGUGGCGGUGAUGCCGCUCACGGCGCUGGUGACUCGAGCAGCUCAUCAACAACAGCAUCAUCGAGUACGGCCACCUCCACUUCGACUGGUUUCAACCAGGGCUCAGGUUCUGGCAACACCAAGACUGGCACUGCUUCAGUCAACGAGAACAUGUUCCAAAGCUCCAUCUUUGCUGUUCUCGUUGCAGUCGUCGCUUUGGUUGCUCUGUAA